AUGAGUCGAGGGAAAAAGAGGUGUGAGAGCGAGGGGCAUAUGAACCGAAGAGAAAGUGACAAACUAAGAAGGUGUGGCCACUACUCAUCCGUUAACCAAUUGGGUGAAGCCUGCUUGCGAGUUGCUACUGCUCUUGCAUGGCGCUGCCCUUUCAGCUCAUCUUUUCUUGGAACCGCACUUGGGCAUGGCUAUCUCCUCCGGGCACCAUGUGGAGCUGUGGAGCGUGACUGCGUGAGUGACAUGAUGGACUGGUGCUUCAAAUGGGAAAGCCACUUUUUGCUGUGGAUUGAAAGAGAUAGAGUGAGAAGCACUACUCUCACAAUGCCCAUGGAGCAAGCAUUCAGGCACUGCGAUAAAGACACGCUGAAGAUGGCCAUGCUGAAACAUGAAGAGACUUUCAGACAGCAAGUUCACGAGCUCCAUCGCCUAUACAGGAUUCAGAAGCUUCUGAUGCGAGACCUCAAACGGGAGUACAACAUAGGAGCUCUCGGCAUGUGCGCCUAUGAGCACCGCUACGCCGCUCGCGGCCGCGGCGGACACGUAGCAGCAGCGACGCCGACGCCGCGCACCGCUCUCAGCCUCGACGUCGUGGCGCCAGUCAUCGAGUACGUGCGGAGCGCGGAGGAGGAGGACGACGACGAAGCGGAGCAAACCGACGACGAUGCAGAGCUGGAGCUCACGCUCGCCGUGGGCGGGGGCGGGGCCAAGAAGAGGUACGGCGAGUACCCGUCCGGUGGGGAGAGUUUCUCGUCGUCGUCCACGGAGUCCGACGUGCUCACCGUCUCCGGCCGUGAGUGGCGUCAGGCGCGCGGCACGCCGUAUCACAAGAGGAGGCCGGCGACUGGGCUGGACGUGGUGCAGGUGGAGGACGGCGUCGGGGUCCAGCCGCCGCCGCCGCUGCUGUUCCACUGGCUCAGCCUCGAGAUGGCAUGA